CUCCCCCACUCAAUUAGUAGCUUCAUCACCCAGCUCACCUCGCCACUCUCUCACUCUACGCACACAAGCAAUUCCAAGAACAAGAAGAUCAGCAGUGGUUCUGAAUUCCUCCGAUAUAUGGAGAAGUGCAGGUCGGUGCCGCACGAGCACUCGUCGGCGUACUACGGCUGCGGCGGCGGGUACGACUACGAGGACGUCGGCGGCGCCGGCGCCGGCAAGUCGUACAGCUUCAACGGGCCGAGCGCCCGCGACGACCCGGAGGCGAAGCGGCGGCGGCGGGUGGCGGCGUACAACGUGUUCGCCACGCAGGGCCGGCUCAAGUCCACCGUCCGCGGCAGCGUCAAGUGGCUCAAGUCCAAGUUCUCCGACAUCCGCUACGGUGGCCUCUGAACCUACCGCGCAUCAUAUCCAUAUACAUGAUCGCUGCUCAUGUGCAUAGGCAUGCCGAAUUAUAUAUGUGUGUGUGCUAGCGACGUGCAGUGCAUGGCAAGUGUAGUACAUGCCAUGUUUAUGCAUGGUUCUGAUAAGGUAUGCGUGUGCAAGAGCUAAUGGAAAUUUCGCAUUCAUGCUCGCAUGUACGAACUGUGUGUAUGUGUGAUCUUAAGUUAGAUCGGUCUAUGUGGUUUUUGUUUGCUUUGUGAAGGAACGGAGAGAGAAGAAACGGUGGUUGUACGGUACCCUGCUUAAAUCUGCAAAUCAAGCUGUAUUAACUUUUGGUUUAGUUUUCACCUAGCUUCUCUCUUUCCUUUUA